AUGUGUGGGGAUGGACAAGGGCGCUCGAAAUUUCUCGGCACGAAGGCUCCCAACAGCUGGUCCAAACAUCCGUGCGCGUACUGCAUGGUGAGUCAACGCGACGAUGAUACCGGCGGCGAUCUGGGGAACCCAAGGUUCGACAUCGACAAGCACCGCCGCACAUGGGGCCAGAUAACGGAUGGCUUGUCCGACUUGGAUGCCCUCGCGGAUGUCCCUCGCGAGCAGGAUCGACGCUCAAGAGACCUGGGACUGGUUCCGCCGGAUCCGUCAGGGCUCCCCCUCCCUCUAUACACAGCCAUGCGCAUUGUUCCGACGGAGAACGUACCCGUCGAGCGACUGCACUUCGAUGCGCUGGGGCAAAGUCAGUUUUGCCAGGUGUUCUACUUGGAGAUGCUCUCCACUACAGGUCGCCGGCUUGUCUCAGCCAUCAUGGCCCAGAAGCCGUCUUUACUCUACCCACCCGGAACACGGAAGCUGAAGGAUGUCGUGACCAACUACGCUUCUCUGAAUGGCAGCGACAAGUGGACACUGCAAUCGAUCAUUCUUCUCAUAUUCCGGAUGGUUCUCCAGGAUGUUUCGGCAAUGAGGAGAAACAUGAAGACACGGGAGAUCAAGGACCUCGUCACGGAGUGGGGAACGUACGACAAGGUCUUGGAGGCGCUGCGGGAGCUUAUGAAACGGGCGUCUCUCCUGUCGUUCGCCCUCCGCGCGCCAUCUUUCACCGACCCGGAGCUACGGCAACUCGACAAACUCGCGCGUGACGCGGAAUAUGUCCGGACGCCAGCACGGGUGAACACACCCACCAGGUGAACAAGUCUGGAAGGGGUGUGGACUGCGGUAGGAGCCCUUCACUGCACAUGGCUAAGCGGGCGAACGUCAACAGCGCAUUCUUGGCGUUAUCCAACGGGCUGCCGUACAGAGUCACUAAGUACAACCGACAGACAAAAAUGCAUGAGAUCGUCACCGUUCGACCUGGUGAUGGCUGUGUCCGGCUCAUGCAGUCGCUGGCGAGCUUCCUCGGCCAUGACCGCGUGCCCACAGAC